CACAUUUAAAUACACACUUUUAUCAGGAUUUAAACGUUUAAAUUACAGCAAUUUCGUAAUCAUUUCAAUAAUCACAUUCAUAUCUAAUCAGCAUUUCAGAUCAUCAAACACGUGUGUGUUUAAAGCUGAGAAGAAUUGUCCGUUUGUAUGGAGAUAUAAUGGUCUGGAACUGCGUGUCACCUGAUGGGGUGGAUGGUGGAGGGGGCGUGGCCAAGCGCUGCUCAGGUGUUUUAGUGUGCAGGUAAGCUCAGGUUUGUCACUCACUACAGCUCGCUCACUCGCCUCUCAAACACUAAGCCUCACAAAAAUGUUGUUUACGUUAGCGCUGAGGUCGGACGGAACCUGGAUCUGACAGACGAACGCAAACUUUGCCGGCUUUUUUUUUUUUUAAACAGAGAUUAACACAAGGGGAAUUUCUCUGCAGUAAGUUUGUCAGCAUGGCGGUGAUUUGCUUAUCACUUAUUAAAUUAUUCGCUGCUUGUGGAUGCCACUUCUGAUCUGCAAAGGCGUGAAACUGAACAUUUGCCAAGCAAAACUGCCACAUUAGAUGCCAGCAGACACACCUUGACGUGAGUCAGAAGGCUGCAGAGACAUUCAGAGAGAGAACAAGAUGCCUGUGGUUAAGGCGGAGGACGAGGCUCCGGCGCAGACGGCCGUGGAGACGCUGGACUCUCAGAAUGCCGAUGCCCCUAAAGGCCGACGCAGGAAAAGGCCUCUGCAGAGGGGAAAACCUCCCUACAGCUACAUCGCUCUCAUCUCCAUGGCCAUCGCCAGCUCCCCUGAUCGCAAGCUCACUCUCGGGGGCAUCUACAAGUUCAUCACGGACCGCUUCCCUUUUUAUCGGGACAAUUCCAAAAAAUGGCAGAACUCUAUCCGGCACAAUCUGACGCUCAACGACUGCUUCGUCAAAAUCCCCCGAGAACCGGGGAGGCCCGGGAAGGGCAACUACUGGGCGCUGGACCCCAAUGCAGAGGACAUGUUCGAGAGCGGAAGCUUCCUGCGACGCCGCAAACGCUUUAAACGCUGCGAUUUCGCCACCUACGCUACCUCCUCGUCAUCGUACCAUCACGACUCGCCCAUUUUCUCUCCCGUCCAGAUCGCCUCCUCCGUCUACGGCUCGGUGUACCCAACGUACGCGCCGCAGAUCUCCCCCCCGUACUAUCCGCCCUCCACCACCGGGUUCGGCUCGACCCAGUCUCGCGUGUUCAGCAUCAACACCAUAAUCGGGUCUGGCGGUUUGGCGCACAGCCCACCGGAGACGCCGCCGGCGCAGCCGCCGUGCCGCAACUUCAACCAAGACGGAGCAGGAUCGUGCUCACUGAACUCCAACCACAUCACCUUCUCGUACCCCAACGCCGGGAAUCAUGGGUACGGCCAGGCCGCUCAGGGCAUGUUCACGCACAACAGCACGCAGAACUACAUCCCCUCUGGGCGACUAGGGGUCACGGGGUCAUCCCCCAUCACCGCGGAUGUAGCGAACGAUCCAUACAUCCAUAACGGCAGUGGAACAGGCGGCUACAUGAGACCUGUAACGUAUCCGUCCUGCAUGGACAGGUUUGUUUCUGCCAUUUAAAAAACUGUGAAGGUGCUAAAAACAAACAUGAAUAAAAAACUGCUGCCUGUGACCAGACUGCACGCGGUUACAAAGCUAUUUAAAGACUCUUACGCUCGAAUGUUUUAAAAUCAUCUGUUCCUGAGUCUCGGAAAUGAAUUCUAUUUGCUGCACAUGUGGAAAAAAUGGCAGUAUCUCAGGUCACCUUUUUAUUUUUUCUUCCCUCUCUCUCUCCCUGUCUCGCGUCUGAAGAGGAACGGCGUUUGAACAGACAGAAUUCACCUCACGGACUCGGAAAAGACCGAACUUUUUAUCAUAUUUACACACAAAAAAAACGCACGUUGAUUAGGUUAAUGAGAUAUUUACUGUUUUUCCAUUAUCGUGUGUGAAAUGUGUUCUGGUGUGUUUCUGUAAAAAUGAUUGUGUUUAUUUAGGCUUUAUGUUAAAGAAUUAAAUUUCACCAUUGGUGUAUUAUUUCGCGCUCUAUUGCAUUUCUUUUUGUGCAGAUAUUAAAAAUAAAACACUUGGUAUGCUGAGAAAAGAGAAAAACUUAAUUUGAGGAAAGUUGUUUAUUAUGUGGUCGUUUUUUUUCCUUUUUAUUUUUCCUUGCACAAUUUCAAUUAAAUUCUUAUUGUUGAAGUUUAUUAGACCUGCAUUAUAACUUUGUGGCUUAUUGAUUAAUUAUCUAAAAAAUUUAAUUCACUUCAUAAACUUUAGCUGUAGAACACCGGCAAUACCGUAACACAUUUUAUCUGGAGCAUAUGUUACAUUAUAUUAUAUUAUAUUAUAUUAUAUUAUAUUAUAUCAUAUUAUAUUAUAUUAUAUUAUAUUAUAUGUAAUAUUUUUUAUUACCACAUUAAAAAUGAAAUAUUUGGAGUCAUUAAAAUCUCUUCUUUUACUACGUUCCCCAUUUCAGGAAUAACAGGCCAGUAACUUAUCAGAUUAGAAUUUGAACUUAUCUGAUAUCAGAAUUCUGCUGUAACAUGGAGAAAAAAAUCCAAUCUUAAAUUUUUCAUUUGUCCGAGUAGCUUUGAUGAAAGUCGGCGCCUCACAGGAGCUGGAUGAAAAGCCUCGGCUGCUUUUCAGUCACUUUGCAUUCCAAGUCAUCCGAAACUGCGUGCGUUAGGUUUAACCUGGUGACUGUGGAGAUCAGAUCAACUGAGGCAACCU